CAGACAGGCGCUGAGAAUGUGGGGACAGCGCGCAACGAUGAAGUAGCACAGGAGGUCCCUUGCAAAAUGAGGCCAGGGUCCCUGCUGCAGCUCGCUCUGCUGCUUGCCCUGCCCAGCAGUCUGCGAGGCAGAGGGUGUGCUUCUCCACCCUGCCAGUGCCACCAGGAGGACGACUUCAGAGUCACCUGCAAGGAGCUCCACCGAAUCCCCAGCCUACCGCCCAGCACCCAGACUCUGAAGCUCAUCGAAACUCACCUGAAGACCAUUCCCAGUCUUGCGUUUUCGAGUCUGCCCAAUAUUUCCAGGAUCUACUUAUCUAUAGAUGCGACUCUGCAGCGGCUGGAACCACAUUCUUUCUACAAUUUGAGUAAAAUGACUCACAUAGAAAUCCGAAACACCAGAAGCUUAACUUACAUAGACCCUGACGCCUUAACAGAGCUCCCCUUGCUCAAGUUUCUUGGCAUUUUCAAUACUGGACUUAGAAUAUUCCCUGACUUGACCAAAAUUUAUUCCACGGAUGUAUUCUUUAUACUCGAAAUCACAGACAACCCUUACAUGACUUCAGUCCCUGAAAACGCAUUCCAGGGACUGUGCAACGAAACUUUGACCCUGAAACUGUACAACAAUGGAUUUACUUCAAUCCAAGGACAUGCUUUCAAUGGAACAAAGCUGGAUGCUGUUUACCUAAACAAGAAUAAAUAUCUGACAGUUAUAGACAAAGAUGCCUUUGGAGGAGUAUACAGUGGACCAACUUUGCUAGAUGUGUCUUCCACCAGCGUCACAGCCCUUCCCUCCAAAGGCCUGGAGCACCUCAAGGAACUGAUCGCAAAAAACACCUGGACACUCAAAAAGCUCCCCCUGUCCUUGACUUUCCCCCACCUCACUCGGGCUGACCUCUCUUACCCAAGCCACUGCUGUGCUUUUAAGAACCAGAAGAAAAUCAGGGGAAUCCUAGAGUCUCUGAUGUGUAAUGAGAGCAGUAUUCGGAACCUGCGUCAAAGAAAAUCAGUGAAUGUCUUGAGGGGUCCCAUCUACCAGGACUAUGAGGAAGAUCUGGGUGACAACAAUGUUGGGUACAAACAAAACUCCAAGUUCCAGGAGAGCCCGAGCAACUCUCACUAUUACGUCUUCUUUGAAGAACAAGAGGAUGAGAUUAUUGGUUUUGGCCAAGAGCUCAAAAAUCCUCAAGAAGAGACUCUCCAAGCCUUCGACAGCCACUAUGACUACACGGUGUGCGGGGACAAUGAGGACAUGGUGUGUACCCCCAAGUCAGACGAGUUUAACCCCUGUGAAGAUAUCAUGGGCUACAGGUUCCUGAGAAUCGUGGUGUGGUUUGUCAGUCUGCUGGCUCUCCUGGGCAAUAUCUUUGUCCUGUUCAUUCUGCUUACUAGCCACUACAAACUGACGGUGCCACGCUUUCUUAUGUGCAACUUGGCCUUUGCAGACUUCUGCAUGGGGGUCUACCUGCUUCUCAUUGCCUCUGUAGACCUGUACACACACUCUGAGUAUUACAACCAUGCCAUCGACUGGCAGACAGGUCCUGGGUGCAACACAGCUGGCUUCUUCACUGUUUUUGCUAGUGAGUUAUCAGUGUACACACUGACGGUCAUCACCCUGGAGCGAUGGUACGCCAUCACCUUCGCCAUGCGCCUGGAUAGAAAGCUCCGCCUCAGGCACGCAUACGUCAUCAUGGCUGGGGGCUGGGUUUCCUGCUUCCUUCUCGCCCUGCUCCCGAUGGUGGGAAUAAGCAGCUAUGCCAAGGUCAGCAUCUGCCUGCCAAUGGACACCGAUACCCCUCUUGCUCUAGCAUACAUUGCCCUUGUCCUGCUGCUCAAUGUUGUUGCCUUUGUCAUUGUCUGUUCCUGCUAUGUGAAGAUCUACAUCACAGUCCGAAAUCCCCAGUACAACCCUCGAGAUAAAGACACCAAGAUUGCCAAGAGGAUGGCCGUGUUGAUUUUCACCGACUUCAUGUGCAUGGCUCCGAUCUCCUUCUAUGCGCUGUCGGCCCUUAUGAACAAGCCUCUUAUCACCGUUACUAACUCCAAAAUCUUGUUGGUUCUCUUCUACCCCCUCAACUCCUGUGCCAAUCCGUUUCUCUAUGCCAUUUUCACCAAGGCCUUCCAGAGGGAUGUAUUCAUUCUACUCAGCAAGUUUGGCGUCUGCAAACGCCAGGCCCGGGCCUAUCAGGGUCAGAGAGUCUGUCCCAACAAUAGCACUGGGAUUCAGAUCCAGAAGAUUCCACAGGACACAAGGCAGAGUCUCCCCAACAUGCAAGAUACCUAUGAACUGCUUGGAAACUCGCACCUAACUCCAAAACUACAGGGACAAAGCUCAGAAGAGUGUAAGCAAACAGCCUUGUAAAGGGAGGCUACACUAUUCACAGUGGGACUUAUACAAAAGGCUGGUUUCUUGAACCUGCAUUCCGGUCCCAUGAUACAUGAACGAACAAGUUUGUGCAGGCGAUGAUUCAUAGGGUCAGACUUCGUCUCUAGAAAGUAUUGCCUCCAAGAAGGGAGAAAAGCAAUCAGCAUGUCUGAGUCCUAGGUGAUAUGACAGUCGUCUAUGCUCUCCGAGAAAUUUGCUUGCUGUUUGUCUGUGAUGCUGGGUAGCGCGUUCCACGGACACCAGUUGAACCAUUCACAUCUCUCUUCUCCAUCUUAUGUAGUAUUUUAUAAUAAAGAUGCUACAACUGGCCAGUGUUUAUCCAUUUAAGCAGCUCCAUGUUAGCUCCCCUGAAAGAACCAAAAAAAGUUUUUUGUUCCUUAAAAAUAAAACUCCACACUUGGGAGGUGGAGGCAGGGGUACCCAGUUCAUAACUUAACUACAUAGAGAAUUCCAAGCCAACCUGUGACACAUGAAACACCAUCUCAAGAUGCCAAAAGAACCCUGAAAAG